AUGAGUCAAAAUCAUCAUCAUCAAGCUGUAGAUAAUCUGAUAAAUGUUCUCGCAAGAGCUUCUCAUGAUCUUACUGCUGUCCAUUCCAAGCUCGACAAGGAAUUCCACCAGAUCUAUCCUGAUAAUGCAAAUCCGAUGAAGCUGAUUCAGAGAAUCAAAAAGUUGCAGGAAGAUGUGACCGUUCUCAAAGACCAAUGCCUAGAGCUAUUGUCCGCUAAACAGGAUUUGAUUGACAAGGCACAUACAACACUAGUUGGAAACUACAACCUUAUUCAGAAAAUGAAUACAUCCUUGGGAGAAUCAACAAAUAGCCAUGCGGAUGAUGCAUUGGCUGAUUUUAAUCAGAUCAUCAACGAGUGGACAAUGCAAAUUACACUUCUUGUUACAGUGGGUGAGACAGAGGAGGCAGAUAAAGAAGACAUCAAUAAGUUACUUUUCUCAGCCAUCGUUCAUAGCAACUGA